AGAGUUACUUGGUUCUUUCGAGAAACAAAGAAUAGUCAAGUGGAUCAGUCAAGAAGAUUACAAUACUGAGAGAGAAGCCUCAUAAAUUUAUUGAUCUGAGGAUUGAUAUCGCGUUGUACAUCUAUAUAAUAGAAAGAGCAAACGACAGUGGUAAAGCACAUUUGUUAAUUUCAAUUGAGACAAAUAGGUGCAAAGAGAUUUUUAGUAGGGAGGAAAAUACAAAGGGUAGAAGUGAGGGUUAAGCGCGGCAGCAGUAAAUGCAGUGGCUGAAGGAGAGAUGGACCCAUCAAUGUUUGUUGCGUACACCCCUCAAACAAACGGCGUUCCACUGGAGUCCAAGCUUGCUACCUACAUGGUAGUAUACUACUCAUCUGCACUUUAUUUGAGGAGAGUCAAACUUAGUAAAACUUUCCUUUUAUAUUAUUUGAUUAGAUGUAUUAGCAAAUUAAAUAUAUUAAUAAUGGCACUAGAAGCAUAUACAUAUGUAGUUUAUUUGUUAUAUAUUUUUUGGAUAGAAUCGUCAAAGUCCAGGGAUAACGCUAAGUACCUCAGCUGUUACGAAACAUUUGUCAAACCUUUCUCUGGAUUCACAGAAAAAGCUGAUGGUGUUGGAGUUGAAGAAGGAACUGAAACUAUUGGAACUGUGGGAGCAGGUCAGGUAGGCUAUGUCUAUCCAGGUACACCUGCGCAUCUUCAGCCAGUGAAACCUACAAAGCCCCCCUCAUCUAAUAGCUCUUCUGCUCCUUCAACCCCACCUCCCCAAGCAACUCCUAGCUUCUUUGUCAGUGAGAAUUUAAGAAUGGACAUUCUACAGAAAAAUGCUUUAACAUUAGCGCAACCUGAUUUAGUACGAUUUCCCGAUUUACCGAACGAGGUAGAUAAUUAUCAUGAGCUGUGUCCAUUGGAACCAAUUCACAAACCUGCUUCUACUAUACUUGGAUAUCAAACUUCAACGUACAAAGCUACCAGCAUUAAGAGCGGUACCCGUUAUUGUUUACGCCGUAUACAUGAUUUCAGACUCGCUAAUACAAAAUGCAUGGUGCUGGUAGAUAUGUGGAAACGACUAUCGCAUACAAAUUUGGUGCAGUUAAGAGAAGUUUUCACCACCAAGGCCUUUGGUGACCAUUCCAUGGUAUUUGUCUACGAUUAUCAUCCUGGAUCGGAAACAUUAUUAAAUAAGCAUUUCUCAGCAACCGAAUUAAAUGGGUACACGGAUCCAUUUUCCUCGGAUCCUAACGCUCCUCGACCCUAUAGCCAUACCAAGAAUACUAUUUUGAGGCAACAACAUAGCAGUAUGUUACCAGAAAGCGUCAUAUGGAGCUACAUUAUACAACUCACUGCCGCACUUCGUGUUAUACAUGCUGCUGGUUUGGCAUACAGAUGUUUAGAUCCAACAAAAGUGCUCCUCACAUCUCGGACGAGACUGCGUUUAAGUUGCGUAGCCAUACCAGAUGUUGUUACUUUCGAUGGAAACGCAGCAAAUCCACUCUCUCUUAUACCACAUUAUCAACAAGAAGAUUUAAUUGCCCUUGGGAAGUUGGUGUUGGCUUUAGCAUGCCGUAGUUUACUUGCCGUCCAUCGCGACAACAUGCAAGCGUCCCUUGAACUCGUCGCACGUUCCUACUCCACGGAUCUUCGAAAUCUGAUUCUGUAUUUACUUUCUAACCAAGCACGAAGAAGCGUGACAGAUCUCAUGCCAAUGAUUGGUGCACGAUUUUAUACGCAACUAGACGCAGCUCAACUUCGAUCCGACGUACUGGAAAAUGAACUUGCGAAGGAGUUGGAGAACGGAAGAUUAUUUAAGUUAUUAGUAAAGUUGGCAACUAUUAACGAAAGACCUGAGCUCAAUAUGGAACCCACAUGGGCAGAAACGGGUGACCGGUACAUGCUCAAAUUGUUUAGGGACUAUGUUUUCCACCAGGUAGCAGCUGAUGGGAGACCAUGGUUAGAUAUGGCUCAUGUUGUAUCUUGUUUAAAUAAGUUGGAUUCAGGUUCUCAGGAUAAGAUAUGUUUGAUGUCUCGAGACGAACAAAGUGUAUUAGUAGUAAGUUACGCAGAAUUACGACAGUGUUUGGAAACCUCAUUUGGAGAAUUGGUACAAUCCGCAAAAGAUGCUGUCUAGGUCUGAUCAUUUUUCUCAAUUGACCAAGACGGUACAUACUCCGAACCAUAAAUGUGAUAUCACCACUUAGCGGUACUAUCAUUUUAAUCUUUAUCAAGACAUAGGAGAGUGAGAUUCGAUCCGAGAGUUAAGUUUGGUGAUAAGAAAAUAGUAUGUGAACCAGUUUGUAAGCAUGAUUACAAAUGUUGAAUCAUUAGAUAAGUGCGAAAAUACAUUCUGGUACUGCCAUUUGAAUGUAAUAUAUGUGUGCAAAGAGAUCAUGUGAUGAUGUAAAUCAGAAAUCGUUUGAAUUUGCUGUGGAAGCUAUUACGGUACUAUACAGAAACAAAAAAUGAAUUGUACACAACUUAAUAAUGCAAUGAAGUCUUAAGAAAAAAAAAUGAGAAAUACCUAAACACAGUCGGUGUAUAGGAUAGAUCUUAGUUUUUAGGAUACAGCUGGUAAGCAUUAAUUUUGAAAUAAAUGUUUAUUUUUGAAAGCAAUCUUAA